UAUUUUUAAUGUAAACAUACACAAUGGUGAAAGACGAAAAGUUUAACUUUGAAAGAGAUGAAAGAGUGCUAUGUUAUCAUGGGCCAUUUAUUUAUGAAGCCAAAAUUUUAAAAAGAGACAAAAGAGAGGAUAAUGAACAAGAAGAGUAUUUUGUUCAUUAUAAAGGCUGGAAGCAGACCUGGGAUGAGUGGGUAUCAGAAGACAGAGUCUUGAAAUAUACAGAUGACAAUUUACAAAAACAACGACAAUUAAAAGAAAUGAAUUCCAAAAGAAAACCUUCCCGUGCCUCAUCUACAGCGGCUAAUGUAGCAUUAAUACACGAUACAGAAUCAAGAAGUAGAAAAAGACAUCGCGAUUCAAGUAUAGAUAAAGCAAGACUAGAAGAAGAGACUAAAAAACCAGAGUUUAAAUUAAUCAUACCAGACACAUUAAAAGGUUUGCUCGUGGACGAUUGGGAAAACGUUACGAAAAAUAGACAGCUUUUGAACCUUCCACGUGAAGUCACCGUAGAUCAUAUAUUAGACAGCUUUAAAGACCAAUAUCACUCAAAGGAUGAAAUGCUGGAUGAGUUUAUACAAGGAAUCCAAUUAUAUUUCAAUAAAUUAUUAAGCACAUCACUAUUAUAUCGAAUGGAGCGUAAACAAUAUGAUGAAGUAUGUGUUGACAAAGAACCUAGUAGCACCUACGGUAUAGAGCACUUACUACGAUUGUUUGUGGAAAUUCCAAUUCUAGUCAGCCAAACAAAUAUAGACGCAGAUACAUCAACAGAAUUAAAGGAAAAGUUUGAAGAUCUUUUAAGGUUUAUCCAAGAUCAUGAAAAGGAAUAUUUUACAAAUGAUUAUCAAAUAAGCGCAUAAAAUAGCUAAUUAUUUCACAUGCUAAAUAAACAAAGCACUAUAUAUAUAUAUAAAAGAUGGGGGUUUUGCUUUCACUGUCUCUGGCUUUCCUCUGGUCAAUUUCCUUUUUUUCGUGCUCGUCAUUGGUGGGUGGUUGUGUAUUCCUCUUCAAAUAGCUCACAAUUAAUUUCAAAAAGAUCAAAAAAGCUAUAAUGUAAUGUAAUGUCAUUGAUAUUAAUAUAAAAAUAAAAAGAGAGAGAGAAGAAGAAGAAAAAAAGAAAAGAAAAGGCAAUUUCUCCCCUUCUAUUAAAUACACGUGUGCUUAAC